GCGAAGUUAUCGGCUUUUGGGGUGCCCAGAGAUCAGGCAUUUUUUCGUUCAAUUGCAACAAACAUAGGUACGUGUCCAGUUUUAUCUGCGGUAAACUUGCCACACAAGAAUUGAAAUGCAUACUGUGUUAACUCGAGGAAAUGCAACUGUUGCAUAUUCGCUAAGCGUGCUGGCCUGCUUAACCUUCUGCUGCUUCGCAUCGACCGUUUUUCAAAAUUACAGAACAGAUGCGAAAAUCAACACCGUUCGCGUCCUGGUGAAAAACGUUCCCGAUUACGGAGCAUCGCGAGAGAAACACGAUCUCGGCUUCCUCACCUUUGAUCUGGAGACGAAUCUGACGGAUGUAUUCAACUGGAAUGUGAAGCAGCUGUUUCUCUUUCUAACCGCUGAGUAUGAGACGACAUCGAAUCAAUUGAAUCAAGUUGUAUUGUGGGACAAAAUCAUCUUGCGUGGCCAAAACGCAGUGCUUGAUUUUAAGAACAUGAACACCAAAUACUACUUCUGGGAUGAUGGCAAUGGCCUCAAGGAUAACAAGAACGUAACGCUCAUAUUGUCGUGGAAUAUUAUACCCAACGCUGGUCUACUGCCAACAGUGCAAGCACUCGGAAUCCAUAGAUUCAAAUUCCCAGCCGAGUAUUCCUCAUCCAUUUAGAAGAAUCCAAAUUGUGCACUUUAGAAAGAGAAGCUUUGUCAAAACUAUAACAGUUCUAUUUGUAAUCUACUUGUACGUAAAAUAAAAUCAUUUAUAUUAAAUACACUCAA